AUGACGUCGGCGCUGCCACAAGCCAUGCGUUCGUGGCUGGCCGCCUGGUCGAUUUUGAUCACACUUCUUUGCUUCAAUGUCCAACCAGCGGUAGCAGAGACCAGAUGGAUAAAAUACACUGGCAACGAUGGCACAGUGUGGCUCGACGACGAUCGAAGACCAUCUCUAUACACCCAGGAUUUCGGCGAUUGCCAGGGCGAUUCCCUCAUCAACGUCACUCGUUUCGAUGCAGCAUAUUAUAAAGACAACAUGACCGUUCUCUUCCAUUUGGAGGGAAACUCUGCACUAGCAAAUGAGAGCUUGAUGCUUUAUAUUGCUGUCUUCGCGUACGGAGAAUCUCGUUUUAAUCUGACGUUCAACCCCUGCAAUGCCAACAUUGACAGCCUUUGUCCCCUGAAUUCGUCAGUACCGGUCACUGCCAACGGCAUCAUUCCGGUCUCACAAGCUGACGUGGCUAAUAUCCCGUCCAUAGCCCUCACCAUCCCUGAUUUCGAGGGUCAGGCCAUCCUUCGAAUCUUUGCCAAUUCCACCGAGUCUCAGAUUGCUUGCUUCUCGGCAGUAGUUACCAACGGAGCCACAUUUUCACAACCAUCAGCAGUGGCUUCCGUUUUGGGAGCGUUCACUUUUGUCGCUUUGAUAUCGUCAAUUGCAACCACGAUCUAUGGACAGAACAUUCCAGAAUCCCGCAAGCACUAUGCUCAUUCUGUCUCAAUGUUUGUGGUUUUCUCGGUCUACCAACACAUUUUCUUCACUGGAGGAUUGUCGAUGAAUUGGCCCAGUGUCCUGGUUUCAUUCUGGAGCAAUUAUGCGUGGUCGGCCGGUAUGAUAUACACUCAGAAAAUGCAAAACUCCAUCAAUCAGUUCAUUGAUGGUAACCGUGGAAAUAUCAGCAUGGUCGGCGCUGCUCCAAGUGGCGAAAACGCAGUUGGAUUGGGUGGUGGUUACCAAAUUUCACAGAUCUACAGGCGAGCAGCAUUGACCCCCUUUAGGCCCUACGAAGGCCUUGGAGUGACGUCCCGGCCUUCAGAACUGGAACAUGUGCUUAAGAGAAGGCAAUUGGCAAGUUCCCCCUCAGGAUUCUCCUGGUAUGGGUCUCCGGUACAUCCAGGGCUGCCUUUACCAGGGAACUAUUCUGGAUUUGCUGGAACACUGGCUGAACUGAACAUUCCGGCCUCGAAUGCGUUCUUGACCGGCCUCCUGUGGUUUCUGAUUUUCGUCGCCGGCCUUCUCGCGGCCCUUUUCCUGCUAAAAUGGGCGAUUGAGGGGCUUGCCGCGAUCCGGUGGAUCAAGGCAGAUCGCCUGGGCUAUUUCCGAAAGCACUGGUUGUGGUUCACAGGAGUUGCGGUCUUGAGAACCUGCUACGUUGCGUUCUUCAUGAUGAUGUUCCUGACUAUGUUCCAAUUCACCCUAGGCGGAGCAAAGGCCGUGAAAGCCGUCGCCGUAGUGGUCUUCGUGAUCUUUUUAGCUGGGAUGCUAAGCAUUUCUGGGUUUGCUCUGUGGUACAGAACCAAAUCUGAAACAUUACCUGAACUGUCCGAACAGGCCAGCCAGAAAUCCGAGGGCACCGAGAAGCCAGCAGAAGCUGUGUCGUGCAACGUUGACGCAAAAGCACCACAGGAAAGUCAGAGUGGUGAUGAAGAGAAUGCCAACCCUAAAUCAAAAACCUGGCUGCAACAACAUCUGCCCGAUUUGGAUUCAGGCAGAGUUCACGUCCAUGACGAUGAAAAUUACACAGUCAAAUUUGGUUGGCUUGUCUCAAGAUUCCGCCGGAGUAAGUGGUGGUUUUUCUCAGUCUGGCUAAUAUACGAACUGGUGAGGGCAGCUUUUUAUGGAGGUGCCGCGGGCCACGCUUUAACUCAGGUGUUUGGUCUGUUGGCUUGGGAAAUUCUGGCCCUGGUGGCCAUUGUGUUCGUGAGACCCUUUGAGAGCAACCGGCUCAAUCUCCUCAUGGUGUAUCUGCUAGGGUUCAGCAAAGUCGUCACAGUUGCGCUCUCUGCGGCAUUCGAUGCUCGAUUCGCUCUGGAUCGAAUCAUGACGACGGUGAUUGGGAUCGUCAUCAUUGUGAUCCAAGGAAUCCUCACUGUUUGUCUGAUGAUUGCCAUUGUUCUAGGCGCCAUAUCCAGUUACAUGUCAAUUACGCGGUACCGAGAGACUAUUAAGCCACGGUCAUGGUUGAAACCUCGAACGAUGUAUUUUGCACAUGUCGACCACAAAGCCACCGACAAGCGAAAACCUCCACCACCGCCACCACCGCCAGAACCUGAAAUCCCCAAGGAGCCCUAUUUUGCGGUGUCAGCCGUUCGAAGGCUCCCCAAGAUUGAGGAUGAGGAUCCGGACAAUGGAAUUGUGGAAGAAUACCUUUCUCCAGGUGCAUCUAUGGAUCCGGACCGAGAGGGAAGCCAUCAAGUUUACAUCUCUCGUUCACAAUCAGUACGAUCUCGGACUAGCGUAUCGAACUUGCCCUAUGGUGCAAGGGUUCAUCGUACAAGUUGGAGCACUAGGGACUUCCAGGAGUUGAACUCAGAACAGGGUAUCAGUCCCGUGCACUCACGAAUGAGCAUCGAGAGUAUCCGGGAUGUGCCCCAUAGACACCGGGCGUCGAGCUUGAGAGCACCGUCAAGACAUGGGACUCCCACGGGAGGAUUGGCAACACCGCCACACAUGGGAUCAGAUGUGCAACCUCCUCGAAACAGGCACCGCCGCAGUGUAUCUACCCCGUUAAGGCCGAAACGGAACAGUUCAAUUGUGAAUGAAGAGAAGGAGAAUGAGCCCGAGAGCAGCCGCGGCUAA